AUGCAAGCAGGGGAGAUAACACGAUUGCUGGAGCAGCUCUUGACGCAGGACUCCUCGUUAGAGCAGUGGAUGCCACAUCUGGCUGCAUCCUGUCGUUAUCUUCUGAAGAACAAGCGUUUCCAUGUCUUAUACAACGUACAGCUUUUCAUGAAGGAUUAUGUGCGAGCUGCAAUGAACUGCUACAAUUACUUCUACCAGCAAGGCACUCAGAGUUACCUAGACUUGGCCGCUCGACUGCAGUUUCUCUUCAUUGCUCAGGAGCACAUUCAGGCAUAUCUUGAUCCCCAGAAAUGGGGUGCAAUCCGACACCCUUUGUUUUCCAGUAAGACAGAAGAAAGAACAUCUACUGCUCAAAAGUCAUUCCAGCUGUGUCUGUCCAGAGAUGAAGCAGCAAGAUAUCUGCGCACCAUUGCCCUGCAGAUUGAGGUGACACAAUACCUGGAGCAAUGUCUGACCAGCAACCUUGGGAAGGCCGCUGCCGUGGCCACCCAGCACGUUGCCAGAGCUUGUUCUCCUGGGGCAGUGCCUACAUUGUUUGGGAGCACAGACCAGCGUAAAGAUGUAGUGCAAAUGAUUCUGCUGAGUGGUGGUUCAAAGUGCUUGCCUGCAUCUUUUGAGCUGGCUUGGCGAAUCAUUACAGAACACAAACUGAUGCCAGUGGGCAUCUUGAAGAAGGUUGUCUCGGAGCUGGUGAAACAGCUUCAGUUGGCAGACAUGAUGGAGGUGCUGAAGAUGACAGGUCAACAGAAGCUGUUAGAUGAUGAUGAAUGGGAUGAGCUGGUUAGCACAGCAUUGCUGGAGAUAACAGAGAAAAAGCUGGAGGUCAAAGAUGAAGCUGAAACCCUCAUCAAAUUGAUCAAGAAAGAACAUAAUAGGAUCAAUGCCUUCAUAUUGAGUGGAAGACUGCGAUCAGCAUAUCUGACAGCUGCAAAAACCAACCGCACACAGGACAUCAUUCGUAUCAUGACAGCGGCAGAGCGUAUGGGGCAGGCUGCAGUACGCAAUAUUUGCAAAAAGUGGCUGGAUCAGCAGAAAAGUCUUGAAGCAGAUGGUGGUGCCAAGGACUAA